CAUAACUGGUCAGACUGUUAUCAUUGUUGAUAAUAUAUACUUUUGUGUCUCGUGUAUCUCAUAUACACUGUCUUAUGUAUAACUAUUAUUAAUUGUAAUAUCAUGUCUAAUUAACAUAAUAUAAUUAUCUUUUCAUCUGUUCACAUCUUAUUAUAGUUUAAUUAAACAAUAAUAUAACAUGGUGUCAGGUGUUAUCGAACUUUAAAUAUUUUGGUAACAAGUCAUACAAUGUCAAAAAGUCGUAAAGUCACUUUAGAAGAAGAAAAAGAAGAAAUGUCUACUGGUUUAACUGGGAAUAUUCAACCACUAUCUUUAGAUGGUAAUUUAUCAUUAAAUUGGUCCGAAUGGAUACAAGAGUUUAAUAUAUAUUUGUCAGCUACUGGCUAUGAUUCUCUUAGCGAGCAGAGAAAAGUAUCUAUUUUUCUACACUUUAUUGGAAAACAGUCACUUAAAAUAUUCAAUUCAUUUAAUAUUGAUAUUAAUAAAGCAAAAUUAGAAGAAGUUAUAAUUUUAUUCUCUAAUUACUUCAUUCCUAAAAAGAAUGUCACCAUUGAGCGACAUAAAUUUUUUACUCGCUUACAAUCAGUUGAUGAAAGUAUUAGUGAAUAUGUUGCUGAUUUAAAAAACAGAAGCAUGUCAUGUGAAUUUGAUAAUCUUCGAGAAAGUCUAAUUAAAGAUGUGUUGAUUUUUGGUCUGCAUAAUAAAUGGCAACAAAUAAAACAAAAUUUAUUGAAAGAAGAUGGAUUAACAUUAGACAGAGCAAUGGAAAUUUGUACUUCAAUAGAAUUAUCAAAACAGCAUAUGGAAGAUUUGGUUGUUGGUUCAAAAGAGGAGAAUGUUUUAGCAAUACAGGCAAGGAGAGAGUCAAAUCAAAAAAGGUCAGAUAACAGAAACCAAAGAAAGUCAUCACAAUCACUAACAAGGUACACUAACUUUAAAAAUACUUCUAAUGUUCAAAAUAACAAUACUUGUACACGUUGUGGUCAAAAACAUAAAUAUAAAUGUCCUGCCAUAGGUGUUAAAUGCAAUACAUGUAAUCGUUUUAAUCAUUUUGCUAAAUAUUGUAAAUCAAAGGCUGUUAGAACUGUUAUUGAGUCUCCUACUGAUAACUUUUUUAUAGGUACUAUUAAUACUAAUGUAAAUACUGUUAAUAAUAAUGUUGAAAACAAUUUAGUUUGGUUAGUUGAUUUGUAUAUAAAUAAUGAGAUUUUAAAAUGUCAAAUUGACACUGGUGCUCAGGUUAAUAUUAUAUCAAUAAAUAAUUUUUUGAAACUUAACUUAAAAGAGUCAUUGAUUAAUAAAAAUAUUAAAGUUAAAUUGAUGUCCAUACAUUCUAAAGUAAUACCAGCUGUGGGUAGCUGUAAUAUUAAAUGUGGGUACAAAAAUAAAUUUGAAGAUUUAGUUUUUUAUAUAGUAAAUUUUGAUUGUACUACUAUUUUAGGUCUACCAACUUGUAGUAAAUUAAAUUUAAUUCAACGAAUUAAUUAUCUAAGUGAUAGUGAAAAUUUUACAUUAGUUAGUUAUAAGGAUAUUUUUGAAGGUUUAGGUAGUCUGCCUAUUAAAUGUCAUAUCCAUGUUGAUCCUAGUGUACAACCAAUUAUAGAUGCACCUCGCAAAAUUCCUUUUUCUUUGUAUAGUCAACUUAGUGAAGAACUAGAGAUAAUGUGUAAUAAUAAAGUUAUUGAAAAAGUUACAAAACCUACUUCAUGGGUGAGCUCUAUUGUCUUAGUAGUUAAAAAGAAUAAAAAAUUAAGGAUAUGUCUAGAUCCAAGAAAUCUUAACAAAGCAAUUAAAAGGUCACAUUAUCCACUUCCUAAUUUUGAAGUAAUAAAAACACAACUGUCUCAAGCAAAUUUCUUUUCUACUCUUGAUGCAAAUUCUGGUUUUUGGAUGAUACCUCUAGAUGAAGAAAGUUCUAAUCUUUGUACAUUCAAUACUCCUUUUGGUCGUUAUAAAUUUUGUAGAUUACCUUAUGGUCUAAAUUGUGCGCCUGAAAUAUUUCACAGAAUAAUGACAGAAAUGUUUUCGGAUAUAGAGGGUGCUAUUGUGUAUAUUGAUGAUAUUAUUGUCAUGGGUUCUACUAAAGAAGAACAUGAUGAACGUCUUAAAAAAGUGUUUGGAAGGGCUAGGGAAAUGAAUUUAAAAUUUAAUAAAAAUAAAUGUAAAUUUGGAGUUACAGAAGUUAAAUUUUUGGGUCAUGUCUUUAAUAAUCAAGGUGUUUCACCAGAUCCUGAUAAAAUAAAAGCAAUUAUUAAUAUGUCUAGUCCUAAUUCUGUAAAAGAGUUACAGCGUUUUUUGGGAAUGUUGAAUUAUUUAAGUUCCUAUAUUCCUAAUUUAGCAGAUGAAACUGCAAGUCUACGCUCUUUACUUAAAAAAGAUACAACUUGGCUUUGGGAUGAAAAUUAUGAAACUAUUUUUAAAAAGGUAAAGCAGUGUAUUACUACACCACCUGUUUUGGCUUAUUUCAAUCCGUCAUUACCAAUUAAACUAUCCGUUGAUGCUUCACAAUUUGCAGUAGGUGCAGUAAUUAUGCAAAGUAAUAAACCUUGUGCUUAUGCUUCACAGUCACUUAAUAUGACACAACAGAACUAUGCACAAAUUGAGAAGGAGCUGUAUGCUAUUGUCUUUGGGUGUCAACGAUUUCACCAAUAUUUAUAUGGACAAACCGUUCAAGUGGAAACUGAUCACAAACCAUUAGUUACACUUUUUAAUAAACCUUUACAUUCAGUUCCAAUCAGACUUCAAAGAAUGAUGUUGAAAAUUCAAUCUUAUGAUUUGAAGGUAGAUUACAUUCCAGGAAAACAAUUAGUUUUAGCAGACACUUUGUCUAGAGCGCCAUUACAUGAUGUUGAUACAAAUGAUCUUGAAGAAGAACUAGUCGCACAUGUAAAAUCAUUCACAGAAAAUCUAGCUAUAGAAGAAACACAACUUGAAAAAAUUAAGAAAGAAACUGCAAAUGAUUUAGUUUUAAAAAAGAUUAUCCAAGUAUAUUUAACAGGUUGGCCUACCAACAAAAACUUAGUUGAAGAUUGUCUUAAACCUUAUUGGUGUUAUAGGGAUGAAAUUAAUGUCAUUGAUAAUCUAGUUUUUAAAGGUCAUUGUCUUGUUAUUCCACAUAGUCUAAGGUCACAAAUGUUAAACUUAAUUCAUGAAGGUCAUAUGGGUAUUGAAAGAUGUAGAAAUCAAAUUAAAGAUGUUCUUUUUUGGCCAAAUAUAACUAAUGAUAUUAAAAAUAUUGUUGAAAGUUGUGAAAUUUGUAUGAAAUAUCAUAAAGGUAAUAAAAGAGAACCGAUGAUAAGUCACCCGAUACCUGAUUUACCAUGGCAAAAAUUAGGUGUAGAUUUUUUCCAUUAUAAUAAUAAAACAUACUUAUUGGUAGUUGACUAUUUUUCUAAAUAUGUAGAAGUAACUCUACUUGUUAAUGGAUCUUAUGCAAAAGUAGUAAUUAGUCAACUUAAAACUAUUUUUGCUAGAUUUGGUAUACCAUUGGAAUUAAUAUCAGAUAACGGACCACCAUAUAACUCACAAGAGUUUAAAUGUUUUACUAGUGACUGGGGUAUUAAACACAUAACGACUAGUCCUAAUUAUCCACAGUCUAAUGGAUUAGCUGAAAGAAGCAUACAAACGGUAAAGAAAUUACUGAAAAAAGCAAUGGAUUCCGGAAAAGAUCCUCAUAUUGCUUUAUUACAAUACAGAAAUACUCCAAAAGGUAAAUUGUGUUCUCCAGCACAACUGUUAAUGUCUAGAAAUCUAAGAACUAAAAUUCCUGUCACUAAUUCUUUUCUUAAACCUAAACUUGUUAACACUGAUAUAUAUAAAAAUUUAAUUUUUAAUAAAAAUAAAAAUUCAAAAUAUUAUUAUAAUAAGAAAUCUAAACAGUUAAGUGAUUUAGUAAUUAAUGAUAACAUAUUAUUUAAACUUAAAUCUGAUAGUGAUUGGUCACCUGGUAAAAUAAUUAAAAUUUGUAAUGAACCCAGGUCUUACAUUAUACAAAAUGAUAUUGGGCAAAAAUAUAGAAGAAAUAGGAAACACAUUAUUAAAUCUGCCAUUAAACACAAUGAUUAUUUAUUAGAUAAUAAUGUUAAAACUAAUAAAGAAAAUAAUAUUUUUAAUAAGGAUCUCAAUACUACAGUGAAUAGACAGCCUGAGAUUAAUAGGUAUGGUAGAAAAAUCGUAAAACCUAAGAGAUAUUUGUAGUAUUUGUACUAUCAUUUAAUUAAUUAUUUAAAUUGUUAUUAUAUCCUAUUAUUGUAUAUAUUAUAUUUGUUGUAUUUGUAUACUUGAUUGUUAAUAUAACAGAUUUUAAAAAAAAAAGGAGCAUGUUACAUAACUGGUCAGACUGUUAUCAUUGUUGAUAAUAUAUACUUUUGUGUCUCGUGUAUCUCAUAUACACUGUCUUAUGUAUAACUAUUAUUAAUUGUAAUAUCAUGUCUAAUUAACAUAAUAUAAUUAUCUUUUCAUCUGUUCA